AUAAUAAAAAUAAAAAUGUAAUUUAGUAGAAAAAGAGCAACAGGGCAUCAGAAAGCAAUCAAACAUAUUAAAGGCAGAACAGAAACAGAGAGGACAGGAAACAGGCUGUAGUUCAUGAAUUCACAGCUAAUUUCCUGGUCAAAACUGAGAGGCGUUUCACACCUAACACCACAUAGAAACACAGACACACAGUCAGUGAAAAGUAGAGUUUGACUCUCAACACGUGAGACGAGAAACAAAUGUAUUAUUUUAUUCUCCACUGAUAGAUGAGUGCAGUAUUAUUGUUAUUUGAGUUUCAGAAAGUAGUUUGAGGAGCUGCUGAGAGUCUCAGACUGAUUUUCUGAACUGAACUGAUGAAGAAAUGAAGUUUCCGCUGACAGUUUGUGUGUUUCUGCUGACGGUGAUCAGGUCACUGUCUGUGGACAUUACAGUGAGAGGAACGGAGGGAGAAUCAGUUAUUAUUAAGUGUCCUUAUCCAGGAGGAUAUGUAGACUCUGUCAAAUACUUCUACAAAGGAGUUUACAGAGAGAGUGUCAUUAUACUACAAUCUGAUGGAGGAAGGUCUAAGGACAGAUUCUCACUGGAGGAUGAUCGUCAGACCAGAUCAUUUACAGUGACCAUCAGUGACCUGAAGAUGGAAGAUGCUGGAAUAUACGGCUGUAGAGCUGGAUGGGGGGGAGAUUAUAAACAAAUCCAGCUGAUUGUGAUCAGAGCUCCACAGAGACCGAGACCUGUCCAGAUCUCAACAUCCACCAUUCGUCCAUAUACAAACACCAGCACUGAACACAUUGACACUGAACACAGCAGCACAGGUACCUGAACUCACUCACACACUGAAUACACAACAAAACAUUAACAAAAUAUUGUUAAUGUAAAGUUA